AUGGAUGGAAAUGAAAACGACGAGCGUGUCAUCGGCACCGAUGGCAAAGAGUCAGAGACGGACGAGGAGUUUUUUGACGCGUUAGACGAAAUCUUUGAGAAAAAUGACUCUUCAAAGCAAAUUUCGGCAACACACGAAACUGAAAUUGAUUCUGGAAAAAAGACAUUUGAGAGCCCAGACAAACCGAAGAUAGAUGGAAAUGAAAACGAUGAGCGUGUCAUCGACAACGAUGACAAAGAGUCAGAGACGGAUGAGGAGUUUGUUGACGCGUUAGACGAAUUUUUUGAGAAACAUGAGACGACAGUAGAAGAACCUUUGAAGAUAAAACGAGACGACAAGAAAGAGCGCGUUGACUCCAAAAAGUUUACUUCUGCCACUCCAGAAACGGAUAUUGAUUCUGGGGAAACGACAUAUGUCAGCCAAGAUGAAACAGAGCACCACACCAAUUAUGCUAUUAAGGAAAGCACCACAACGACAACUGAGGGUCCCCCUGUCGGCAGAAAGAGGAAGGAUUUAGUGUUUGAAAAAGACCUCAUCGAUCAGUUUUGCAAGGACGAUUCUGACUUAAAAGAUGAAAUAAAAGAAUGUCUCACAACAGUCGUCUGCGAGGCCACAAUUGAAAAACGACCAAACGAUAGCGACGCAGCUCAGCUAUUUCAUAGAACAGAAUUUGUAAACAAAAUCUCAACGAUGUUUGCGACAAAAUGGGAGGUGAUGGUGAAUGGAGUCUCUCCUGAAAAUCGAUGGUUCUCAAUUUUAAAAAUGACGCUUCAGUGGACCCCAAUACUGCUCUUUCUUGAACACAAAGGUGCUGUCAAACAAAUUUCAAACGUACACAAACAGAACACCGCAGAGAAAUUCCUUGAUGAAUUGUGCGAUGUGAACUCAAAGAAUAUCGAAACCAACGUCACUGCAUUUGGUGAAAUACAUUCAGUAGAACCAAUGCUGUCUGAACUAAUGAAAGUGAAGCAAAGUAGAAUAUUCGAGUUGCUUUGGAACCAACAGAACACAGAGAAUAUAGCAACUCUGCAAGACAUUCAUGAGCGGAUUUGGAAACCUGCUUUCAAACGGUUCGAAGAUAUCAAAAGGAAACUCAAGUCAGGGGAUUUGGAAUUGACAGAACUUGAGGUCAUUAUAAUUCACUUUCGAGAUAAAAAUGAAAUCAUACAAUCAGAAUUCGAAAUACUGGGACUGCAAAACGAAGUUAUUCAAAACAGAUUGAAACAACUUCAGCAGUACAGACAUGUUCAAAAAUGUGUCGAAGGUGCACAACUUCUUCUUCAAAUACAGCAUGCAUUUAACUUGACUGGUGACUUUAGUCCCUUUGAAGACAUUGUCGAAAUAAUGCAUCUAAAACAGUUUUAUUACUUUGACCCAUUCCUUCAUUUGUCAGAGAAGGCUGCGACAGAAAAAAUUUCAGUUUCGGACGUGUUGAGUUUGAAAAUAUUUCAUCAAGGAUCAGAAAAUACAGAGGCAAAGCGUCAUCAGCAAACUGUUUAUACAUAUUCAGACCUUAAAGACUUGCAGAGCCGACUUUCCCUUGUUGUCGGACAAAACGAUCAGUCAACCACAGGCGUCCAUAACUUUUUACAGAUUCUAAACAGCCUUGUUCGCCUCACCAAUGUAUAUCUGCAACUUUGUAACGCCGGUUGCUCUUUGUAUAACAACUGGACUGCGACAUUUCAUUGUGAUUCGAACUCGGAGAGAACUGUUUGUUCAACUCUGGAGUUUGGCGGUGGACAAGAGAAAAUACAUUUAGAACAGCUUGCUAUUUUGCAAACAGAAUUGGUGCAAUUAGCAUCUCGAGAGGGACCAGAAGGCUAUGUGUAUCCGCUUUUAUCAGCGGUAAAACCAAACUGUAACUUAGACCACGUCAAUGAAGCUUUAAAUGCUUCGAAAGAUGACGUUUCUAUUAAAUAUGCAUCUCAAGACAUCGACGGUAUUGGACUUCAAGGUUCAUCAGAAGAAGACAAAAUCAAGAUUGAAAGAAGGAAACAACUGAUUAAUGAAAUAACACAAUCUGACUACUCCAUUGAAAUUGCUACCCGCUUCGUUAAAGCAUAUCCUGAUUCUAAAGCAGACAUUCGCGAAGUAUUGGAUUGGUGCGCUGAAAACAGUUUCAUGGCCGAUGAAGAUGAAGAUGACACUUCACUAAGUCUGUCAUCAACAAUGAAAAAACUAUUACAGGACGCGGGUAUAGAAAGUGGAAACGGAUCGGGACCUCUGAAACGGAACCUAAAAUUACUGUGGAGAUGCUUUCAGGAGUCUAUCAAACUACAAAUCAGUGACUUUUUCAGCAUUGAACACAUUGGGCUAUUUCUCCAACACCUUAAGAAGGGUGAGUGGUAUAGUGUGAAUGUAGACCUUUUUUGGAGAAGGGCUCUGUUUGAAAAGAAUGCAAAGAUAUACUGUAUAGUAAAUGUUGGUGAUUUGCUGUACGAUGUCAGUGAAGGAGCGGCAGGGCUUUUGGAUGAGUAUAUAUCGCAAACCGGGGAAGGAGAAGAAGUGAAUGAAUCAGUUGUUUUUGACGAACAAUUAUUCAACAGUGCUGUUUUUCAAAGGCCCUUUCAGUACUUGAAGUAUCUAGAUGAAGAAAUUAGACUAUCGGAAAUAAAGCCAGCGGUACCAAAGGGAACACCGCGGGAAUGUCUUACUACAUUGCUCAGAUAUUGUGGCAUAAAAGAACCACUCUGGUCAGAACUUCAUCACUUUGUACAGUUUUUGAAUACACAGCUAGAAAUGUUUGAACGAAAUGCUUUCGUGAGUUGUGCAGCAGAAUCAGAUUUGCCUGGAUUUCGGUCCUUUGUUCUUCGGUUUCUACUCCAAAUGUCCCGCGACUUUUCAAAUCGUACUUUGAACAUCGUCGAUGAAUCUUCUGGCUGCGAUUCAAAUAUGAAAAAAACGGAUGACAUCCCGAACGAGUACACCAUACGAAAUAAAUGGGAAAGCAGCCCACAUCCGUAUUUGUUUUUUAACAGUGAUGAGUCAACAUUUACAUUUCUUGGUUUUAACAUUGAGAACUGUAGACAUUUGGUGGACUUACAAACUGGACAAAUUUUGGAAGAAAAUAUCAUUAACACAUUGCUAUAUCAUGCACUCAUAAGAAAUCAAGUCAAUCUUCAAGAAAACUUUGACAAAUUAGGAAGGCUUGAAAAGAUUAUGAAACUGUGCAAUGUCAUGGGAAUCAAAACAGCGCAUGACCCUGACCCGACGUACGAGCUUACAACAGACAACGUGAAAAAGAUAUUGGCUAUUCACAUGCGAUUCAGAUGUGACAUUCCUGUCAUUGUAAUGGGUGAAACAGGGUGUGGCAAAACCAGGCUGAUUCAGUUUAUGUGUGAAAUGCAACGAACCCCGGAAUCAGAUGUAAAAAACAUGCUGAUAAUGAAAGUUCAUGGUGGAACAACAGGACAGGACAUCAAGAAAAGUGUAGCGAAAGCAACGAAUAUGGCGAAAGAAAAUAUCAAACAUGGCAGUCAUAUAUUUACCGUUCUCUUUUUUGACGAGGCUAAUACCACAGAGUGUGUUGGACUUUUUAAAGAACUUCUUUGCGAUAAGACUUUGCAAGGAGAACCUGUUGAUUUUUCGAACAACUUGAAAAUUGUUGCCGCGUGCAAUCCAUACCGCAAACAUACCGAUGACGUUGUCAAAAACCUUGAGAGUGCAGGACUUGGAUAUCAUGUGCGUUCGAAUGAAACAUCUGAUCGCUUUGGAAAUGUGCCCAUGCGCCGAUUGGUGUAUCGUGUCCAACCCCUUCCCAGGAGUUUACUUCCCUUAGUUUGGGACUUUGGUCAAUUAAGUACCGAGGUAGAAGAACUGUACAUCAAACAAAUGGUGAUGACCAAAGUUCAAUCUGGCAACUUACCUAAUAAAACGGAUUUAUCGAAAUCCCUUGCAAGAUUGCUUGCAAAAUCACAGGAAUUCAUGAGGGAACAAAAGGGCGAAUGCAGUUUUGUAUCUCUGCGUGAUGUAGAACGCGUUCUUAAUGCUAUUGUGUGGUUCCAUAAUAACAAGUUUAGCAGGGAGCUUUUCAUGUCGAUGGAUGAAAUAUUGGGUGUACCUUCAAUCAAUGAUGCUGAUAGUGAUAAUGAUCGUUAUAAAACAUAUUAUUCACAUGACUUAUCAAUAAGUCAGACUUUAAUAGAUGACAUCAAAUGUGAAUCAGAUUAUGAGACCGAUGAAGAAAUGGAGUCUCUUAUUCCGAGAUUUCCUUACCGGAGAAACUCCGCGGACUCCGAAAAUGAUGCCAUUUCGAUAACGACAAUAGAUUCUGCACAAAGUGUAAAUGAACAAUGCCUAGAAGAUAGCGAUCAUGAAAGGAAGCAGAAAAGAGAAAUAGAGAUUCAACCUAAUCGUAUUAUGCGUUCGAUUAUCCUUGCAUUGGGAUUGUGCUAUCAUGCAUCAUUGAAAAACAGAAUUGAAUAUAGGAGAAUGAUUGCCCAUUAUUUAAAAACCCAUUUCAAUUUGGCAUAUGCACAAGACCAAAUUCUAAAAGAAAUAGAAAGCUGCCAACAAGUAUUUUUGGAUAAUGUUUCUUUAGACAAUAAUAUUGCCAAGAACUCGGCGUUGAGAGAAAAUGUGUUCAUGAUGGCAAUAUGUAUUGAACUCAGAAUUCCAUUGUUUUUGGUUGGAAAACCUGGAAGUUCGAAAUCAUUGGCAAAAACUAUCGUAUCAGAUGCAAUGAAAGGAAAACAUUCUGAACGCGAGCUUUUCAAGAAACUUAAGCAGACGCAAACGGUAUCCUUCCAGUGCAGCCCGUUAGCAACGUCAGAUGGAAUAGUUAGAACUUUCCGCCAGUGUUCCCAGUUUCAGCAAGAGAAUAACUUGGACACGUUUGUAGCAACAGUUAUCCUUGAUGAAGUUGGUCUAGCUGAAGAUAGUCCAAAAAUGCCUUUAAAGGUACUCCAUCCUUUGCUUGAAAACGGCUGCUUAGGGGAUGAAAAUCCGGAGAAAUAUAUGAAGGUAGCUUUUAUUGGCAUAUCGAAUUGGGCCCUUGAUCCCGCCAAAAUGAACAGAGGGAUUUUAGUUCAGCGUGAGAUUCCAGAUCUUCAGGAAAUUGCAUUAAGUGCAGAAGGUAUAUGUGAGGACGAUGAAGGGAGCGUUAAAGUAAUUUUGCAGCCUUUCUUUGAACCUUUAGCAAAAGCGUACGAGAAAAUAUUUGUUCGAGCCAUAACGGACAGUCGAGAAUUUUUCGGAUUGAGAGACUUCUUUUGCAUGAUUAAAAUGCUGUAUAACUUUGUAGACGACACCAGAAGAAACCCAACAAUGUCUGAAGUAUUACAUUGCAUUAAAAGAAAUUUUGGCGGAUUGAAAUCUGUGAACUCUGAGAGAACCUUUCAAAAGUAUCUACAGAAUUUAACUUUUGAUGCUACAGAGGAACAUGCGACUGAUUGUAGUGAUUCAGGACUCAUUGAUGCCAGUAUCUUCGAUACAUUUCGAAGUUCAAGAUACCCGUUGUUAAUGACUGAAAGUUUUGGGACACUAACAAUAUUGCAGCAGAAAAUUGAAAAAAGUGGUCACGACAUCCAACCAGUGGUUAUAUUUGGAAGCAGCUUUAGGGGAGAUCAAGAAUAUACACAGAUAUGCAGGAACAUCAAUCAGAUAAAAGUGUGCAUGGAAACCGGAAAAAUGGUAGUUUUGUUGAAUAUGGAAAAUCUUUAUGAAAGCCUUUAUGAUGCUUUAAAUCAGUAUUACAUGUAUUAUGGCGAAAACAGAUACGUUGAUCUUGGUUUAGGCUACCACAGAGUGAAAUGUCAAGUGCAUCCAAAAUUCAGGUUGAUAGUUGUAGCCGAAACAGAAACGGUUUACCGAAGCUUUCCGAUUCCUUUGAUAAAUCGCCUCGAAAAACACUUUUUGAGUAGCGAUACCUUGCUUACGGAGAGACAGAAAACAUGCGCACAGAGACUAAGAAACUGGGCUUUUCAUUUUGCAUCUGAAACUGAAACACUACCAGUUACAGCACAAAGAAAAAAAGGAGAAGAAACACAGAAGCGAAGCCUAAGCAGUUGUUUUGUAGGAUACAGAGAUGACGCAUGUUCAGCGAUCAUGGUUAACAUUUGCCGCGGAGAAAAUCAUGACGAUGAAGAAUGUCAACAAAGAGGAAUUCAGGUUCUAAUACAAAUAGCAACACCAGAAUCGGUUAUUCGACAAGAAAAACAUUUUCCAGAGAUAAGAAAGUGGUACUUCGAUAAACAACACCACCACAAUGUUUUCGCAUACAUGAAACAUCGUUUGUCCUUGAAUAAUAACUCGUUUGACCAGAUCACCACCCACUCAAAACUAUUUUCGGGCACAAAGCAAGCUGAUAAUAUAAGCAGGCUUUUAGAUGUAAAAGAAGAAGAGGUCCUCUUUAUCAACUCCUUGUAUUCUUUGGAAACAGAACAGCAAUUUGCAGACAAAAUUCGUCUUCAUCUACAACUUCAACAUUUGGACACCAAACUGAUAGUUGUACAGUGUGAUUCUGGAGAUAUGAAUCAAAGCCUAAUCGAUUGUGCACGAUUUUGCAUAACAAGAGAAUUUCAAAUGUUGGGACAGGAACACUUACAAGCAAAGCUACAUGUGUUUUUCAUUGUACAACUUCCAAGAACAAAUGGUGGUUGUUUCAGUGGAUUCCAGUGCGGUGCUUGGAGCUCUGUUCAUAUCGAUGACAUCCAUUAUUCUCGGGAAAUGCCUGCUGUUCAUCAGAUGAUCGGUAAAUCAGUGAUGGAUAUUUUCAUGGAACCUCUAGACCAAAAAGCUUCGGAGAACAUUAACAGAUGUGAUGUGCUGACAAGCAAACAGGUCGAAUUAGACGACAUCAAAGGAAUAAUUGUACAAAGUGUUACAACUGCAAUGUCAAUGGUGAAAGAGAUGGACAAAGAUGACACAUCCAGUCUAGAACGAAGUACAACAAGAAUAGAUAUAUUACUUAAGCACAUAAGCUCCAUAGAUAUCCGCACUAUAGAGGCUGGCAGUCUUCUAGGAGGCUUGCAUAUGCAUUUAGCGAGACUUUUGGCUGAGAAAGAGACAAUUAUGCCGGAACAGAAUAGGACUCGUUGGUUUGAAAAACACGCUGUCUCCACAGCAAUGAUUAACAAAUACGGCACGCUACGGCGAUCUUGUCAGCAUGUCUUGGAAUCGGAAGUGGCAUUAAUUCUAGCGGGUGUUAUUGCAUACAUUGACACAAAUGGGAAUCUUGACAUUUUGGAAACAGAUCAGCCUUGGAAAUACCAGAUGUGGAUAAGGUUGUUGAACACUUCAGAAAUCUUAGAUAUAGAGUAUGAGAGGUUUCUUAAACCAUCAGCAAAUUUUCAUAGCACAACAAAAGAGUCACCCGAUAUGCUUGUUUUGUCAAAAGGAUAUGAAGGGCACACAUUUAAAUCAAAGGUCCCUUUUUCAUGGAUCCUGAAAAUAUCACUAGACAACUUGAUUCAAAUAGAUCCAAGUCAUAGCAAAGAAGAUAUAUCAAAAAACAGACUGUGUUUAUUAUUUUUGGAAACACCUUUUGGAAAAUUACUAGAGGAAAUGGAAAACAACACCUUAUUUUCACAAGAAACCGUGAAAGAAAUUAGAAAAGAAUACAUCGACGAUUUUGUUCACAUGAACUACAAUGCUAAAACAGAGCACGAAUUUCAAUUUGUGAAGGCGAUGUUAAUUCAUCGCUUGGAUGAAAUAUUUACCAGUUCGGAGACUCAGACAUUAGUGCAAACGUUAGUUUCUGUACACCUUGUGUUUGAAAAAGUCGUACCUGAA